AUGACCGACGACUAUCCGUACGCGUCGCGAGUUAAGGGGCGCUCGGCGUCGAUAUGUGCAACCGGUUCUUCGAGCAUGGAGGCGAUUCAUGCCGCGAUUCCGCCAAGCGGAACACCGGAUACCGGUACACCUGUGGGACGUCGACGUCGUCCCGCGACGCGCUCGCAAAGCGCCCGUAUAUCCGGUGGGAAGUCGGUUAGGCGUCGUGUUGCGGUUGCUUCGUUUGGGAAUAACGCAGAAAUUAAAAGCCAUUGUAAUAGUGAGCCAAAAUUAGCCGAUCAACCCGGAGUUACCCCGGACAUGUCACCUAAUAUUAGGCGUAAGGGGUCAGCGCGCCGUGGUGCUUCCGUUUACCAUCGAAAAUCAACAGCGUUCUUGGAUGUGCCCGAUACACGUGGUGUCGGUUGUGUCAGUCCAGGACAGGAAGAAGAAGAUGAAGACUCGUACCGCUUGCGCUCCUUCAGUUUUACAUCAAAAGGGAUCGUCAAUCGUGGAGAUUCCUUUAGACGGCGAAGAUCCCGGAGUAAUAGCUUAUGUCCGCCGGCAACGAUUGGAACUCCUUCUCCUGUAAUGGAUGGUCCAGAUCACAUUCAGGCAGACGUCACAAAGUAUACGGUCGCUCUUUUAGGAGCGCAAGGAGUUGGAAAGACAGCUCUUAUUAGCCAAUUUAUGACUUCCGAAUGUAUUAACGCUUACGAUAGACCAAAAGGGACGAAGCGACAAAUUGAAUUUCGAAGUAAUGGAGUAAUCGAGGAGAACGCAUCUUUAAAAGGUGUUAAACUCAAUAUUCGUUUCCGAUCCGAGCUGAAAGCUAGCGAAUUUUGCUGGAUCAGCAACUGCUUCGGCCAGUUGUAA